UUUGUCUCAUUAUUGACAGAUUUUCAAUCCAAUUUGGAUCGGAUCUUCUGGAGAUUGGAGCAGAGUCUUUUGAGUUCUACAACAGAUCACAGCCUUUUAGUUUAUUGCGCGCCUUGAAGAUCGCUGUCCCGUCGGAAUCUCGGUCGAUCCAUUGUUCCGAUCUAUUCCAUCUGUUCGGCGUCGAAUCUCCGCUGCUUACGUACUCCUCCGACACCAGAUAUUGAAAAAGAUGUCGGGCCAGACCCAACGUUUGAAUGUGGUUCCGACGGUUACAAUGCUUGGAGCGAUGAAAGCCCGUCUUGUUGGUGCAACCAGAGGUCAUGCUCUCCUCAAGAAGAAGAGUGAUGCUUUGACUGUUCAGUUCCGUCAGAUACUCAAGAAGAUUGUCUCAGCUAAGGAAUCAAUGGGGGAAGUCAUGAAGACAUCUGCAUUUUCUCUCACCGAAGCAAAAUAUGUUGCUGGUGACAACAUCAAGCAUAUUGUUCUUGAGAAUGUCCAAAGUGCCGCUAUUAAGAUUCGAUCUCGGCAGGAGAAUAUUGCUGGUGUAAAACUCCCAAAAUUUGAACAUUAUUCUGAUGGUGAGACCAAAAAUGAUCUCACAGGGUUAGCCAGGGGUGGACAACAGAUCCAGCUGUGUCGGGGCGCCUAUGUGAAGGCAAUUGAGGUUCUUGUAGAGCUUGCUUCACUUCAGACAUCAUUUUUGACUCUUGAUGAGGCAAUUAAAACCACAAACCGCAGGGUUAAUGCUCUGGAGAAUGUUGUGAAGCCAAGGAUUGAGAAUACUAUAAGUUACAUUAAGGGAGAAUUGGAUGAGCUGGAAAGGGAAGAUUUCUUUAGACUGAAAAAGAUACAGGGUUAUAAGAGAAGGGAAAUUGAGAGGCAACGUAUCAAUGCCAAGCUAUAUGCUGAGGAACAACUUGCUGAAAAGAUAUCCUUGCAGAAGGGCGUUUCCAUGACUUUAGCCCACAACUUAUUGUCUGCAGCUGCUGAGAAGGACGAGGAUAUUAUUUUUUGAUGUUAAGGUUGGUUUUUUUGUCUAAAAUGUGUGGCUUUCGUUUGCUUAUCUAUGUUCGAAAAUUUAUUUGGUGACUUAGGUGGCUCAAGGAGUAAUCCCAAUAAAAAAACCAUAUGCUCUAGCCAAAAUGUAUUUAUUUGUUUUCUCUGUUACUUUCAAGGCUUUCAGGUCUUGUAAACAUUCCUUCACUUGACAUUUCAUCUGUUUCUUGAGAUACAAAUAUUUUGUUGUAUCAUUCUGAAUUUGUGUAUGAUUGGUGUGCUCUUUAUCCACUC